AAAGGGUUUGCCGAAUUCACCAACGUCCAGGGUGAAUGACUCAUCAUCGACCAUAUUCCCGAGAUCCUACGCCUUAGUUACGAUCCCAGCACGAGAGGGCGUGCCAUAACUUCUUAUCAGGGGAGCGCUCUUCACUCGGUUGACAAUUCACAGUUCCCUCUCUCUCUCCAUUUUUUCGCCAAGAAAUUUCGAACGAUGACUGCAGUUUAUGGUGUUGGACUAACAUCCGAUUCUGUGGACAUUUAUCAUUGAUGUGACUUAUCAGCUGCUGUCGAGGCGGUUAAUUUGGAUCAGGAUAAAAACAAGGGCUAUAGAUUGCCUAUAUGGAGUGCCACUGAAGGAGAAGAAGAACACAUACUCGAAAAUUAGUGGAUUUGCAUCAGCUUAUUAACACCACUCAUACUUCCCCAUUAACAAAGAUGAAUGAAGUUUCAGUAAUUAGAAAUCAAAAUAAUUAAAAAUCACAGUGAUGGAUCCGGAAAUUAGCAAAAUACUGAACCCAAAGAGAACGAAAAUCACAGUUAGUGGUAGAAUUAGCGUACGUCCGAAAACCAUUUGCACCACUUCGGAAGAUGAUGUACCUUCAGCAAAGAAAUCGAAAACUUAUAAGCCUAUUCAGGAAGAGAAGGAAUUCUUGAGAUGUCAGUUAAAACUAUUAGAGCAACCUAGAGAUUUGAUUGAAAAAACGGAUACUGAUCACACAAAAAUCAAUCCAGAGAAAAAACAAUGCUCAAGUAGCUAUACUUCGAGCAAAUCUUCAAGACCAAAUUCCGAUGAUUCGAUCGCAGACGUCAGUGCCAAUUUAAAUAUUUGCGGCGCUUCAGCACUUUCUAAAAUCAAUGCUGAAAGUGACGGCGUACUCACAGAUCCUAACGUAAUACAUCUUCUUAAAGAAGUCAAAAAGCAAGGCGAAGAUAUUAUUUGGCAAUAUUCAGACCUUAAAAAAGAAAUUGUAGUUAUGAAAAAGGAAAUUGUAUAUAUUAAAAGAUCAUUCCAAGAACAGUCUCAAACAAGUUCUGGCGACCUGAGCUUCUCUGAAAAACUCCUUGCACCUCUAGAGGGAUUCCCCUUACAGACGUUAGAGCAGUUCCAGAAUCUUGGCGAGAAAGAAAAUCUAAAAUUACGGAGAACUGUGUAUCGCCAUUUGAUCAACAGGGGCGGAGCAAAACAGACGAAUUAGUGACUCAUUUUACCUGGCUAGGUGAUAAAAGUCACAAGGCAUUCGGAGACACUAGAGUGUCUUAUAUUUUUUACACGGCUGCCAAAAAGUGCCCUUGCUUCCCGAGACCACGAGAUAUCAAGGAGUUCACUACGGAGAUGAAGUAGGUGUUUAAACUACAAAACAAAGAUAUUGCAACAACUCCAAGAACACCCACGGCCAGUCCUCCGAAACUGCGAAAGCACACGAAGGAGGAGAGAGGCUGACACGAGAGGAACUACAGGCGAGAUUGAAUGGGCUGGAACUGGAGGAAGAGGAGAAUUUAAACUAUGAUGGAGAUAAGGAAAAUCUCGUCGAAUCGUCAGAUGGGGAAUAUUUAAGCGAUGAGUAGGGAUUAGAGUUUCGAUAAGUUUUCGUAAGUGUUUUGUAAAAAGAAAAUUUUAUUUUCGUUGCUCGUUGCCUACUUGAAAAGUGGAUGCACUCAUUUUUGGACGUAAUUUUUUUCAAAUCAGCGAAAUCA